AUGCGAGCGUUUCUGGAGAUGGACGCGGCCAUCAAGACGAGCGCACGUGGGUUCGGUCUCGUGCUUCUGACUACCAUAGACGUCUCUGGGUCAACCUCUUUCAUAACGCAAAUCGAUCAGACGGGUGCGGAGCAGUAUGUUCCUGGUAGAGCACGAGCAGAACUUAUCAAUACACGUGAUGAAAGCAUCAGAAACCUAUCGCCUGGCUUUAACGGGGCACCCGAUUUCUUUCAGCGAACGGGACUAAUCCCUGGGUCCGCAUAUCAAGUUCUGUCCGUAGCUGAAAACCCCAAGGGUGGACUAAUGGUGCUCGUGCGAGACUGGCAACGACGAUCUCAAGAUGCAGCACUAUGCACGGAACAAGCUCCUUGUAUCUUGGAUCACAAUAGGAGAGCAGAAUCUGAGAAUGCCAAGCAGUUCGAGAUGGCUGCAAUGUUGAAGCCGGACGACGACUCUUGUAUUUGGCUUAAAUACGAGGAUGAGGUCCUGCAAUUCUUUCAGUGGUGCCAUGUCUGCUUCGACUGUCGCUGCUAUCAUGACGUGCGGGUCAUUAUUCCCUUUAAAGGAAGCCCGGUUGCUGCGCCCUUGUUUUUUUUUCGCGUGCGCAUAUUGCCAACCACACAUGGCAAUCCUGCACGACUAUGGAUCGGCCUUCAUCAGCCACUGGAUGAGAGUUUAGAGAAGUAUGGGCUUAAGCUGACCCUCAUCGUCGAGGAUGAUGUCUGGCGAGAGCCAGACAUGACAUUCGAAGACGUCGCAUCGAUACCGUGCGCGUGCGGUUCCUACUCCAUUCUCGCUGAGUCCUACGGUGGCGUGUAUGAAAGCCUCCCUGUGGUGUGGAUGUACAUGGAGCUUAGAACCCAUGAAACGCUGCCUGUGGUUUUUUAUAUCCUACCACAUCUGCGGCAAGCCGACCGGGGUCCGCUCCAUAAUGGGUACGGUGCUCAGGGUAAGGGUGGUGUGAAUGAAGCUUUUGAUACGCUGGAUGCAACCGUGGCGCUCCUUGCGGAUGAUCGUGAGAGCCUCGCAGUAGAGCUUCUCCACGUUCCAGACGGGUUGGACGGCGAGCUUUACCGCGGUCGUCUCGAUCGGCUGGAUUGGUCUUCGUGUAAGCCAGUGUUGUUGUCUUCGCUGCGGAAGCCGAAGAGCGCAGAUGACGUGAAAGAGGGCUCUAGCGCUGCUGAAGUUGACAUCAAUUCCAGCAUGGAAUGCUCUUCCACACACAAGGAGUCUUGUUGCCAGCUUAAUGGCAGAUGGGUAGGUGAUUUUUCUUGGUAG